AUGAAUUUGGAAUGGGAGGUAGGAAAAAAAUGGGAAACCAAGUAUGGCACAAAAUUCUUAAAAGAACUUGGUUUAAAAUCUCCAAAAAACCCAAAAGACAUGCUAGUAAAAUUAAUGGAGAAGGUUUCCUGGAAUCCUACACAAUGUGAUAAAAUACAAACUAUUGGAAUAAUACAUUCGGGUUUUAUGAUUAUGGUUUACCUUGAUAGACCUAAGGGGUACAUUUGUAGAAUAAAACGAAGUGAAACAAUGGAAGUUCCUGAUUCUCCAGAAAAAUUCCCAUCAAUUUUACAUAUACUAGAUGUAUACACAUGUAUAUAA